AUGGACGUCCUCUUCGGCUUCGCAAUCGGCCUCCCCAUCGUCGCAGGAACCGGAAUCUCCGUAACCACCGGCGUGGCGCAAGGCGUCUCGGAGCAGAAGAAAGUCAACGCCGACGCCUCGAACCAAACGCGCAUGCUCAAAUUCCACCUGGACACGUGGGUCGACGCGCAGCUGCGCAAGAACAAAGGCGCGCAGCUCGACAACGGCAUCGUCACGAUCCACGACGGCAAAGUCUGGGUCGAAGCCAAGAGCGGCAUCACGCGCUUACCCGAGAACGUGAACCAUCACCCCUUCACGGGCUUCUACCUCGCCUACCCGGACGACGAGCGCAGCUAUACGCGCGGCUUGGUGAGCACCAUCAGCGUGGAUCCGCCCAUGUUGAACUGGCUGUACGUGGAUAAGGACACGCUGGAGGUGAAACACGCGAGUCGCAGCGGGAGUAUUGCGCAUUUCGUGGGGGAUUUCGAUUGGACGGAUGAGGACGUUGAGGAUAGUAUGCUCACGUUUGAUGGCUGGGAGGGGUUUGUUGCGGUGGAGGAGAAGGAAGGGGAGUGGGCGUUGUAUUUCGAUAAGUAUGACAAUGGGUUGAAGGAUUUCCGCAAGGGGAGGAAGGUCGUCGAGGUGCAUUUGCAGAGGAGGGUGAUUACGGGGCAGGAGGUGAAUCAGUGGGGGUUGAAGGAGGAGGGGAAUAUUGGGUUUCGGUCUACGCGGGAGGUUUGA